UGGCCGGAGGAGCGAAGGGGCGUGUUCGUCCCCGGGGCAAAUGCAAGCCAUGCAGGCGUUCCACGCUCGCACCGCGCGCUGCUUUCUCCGCCCGGGGCUCCUUCGGGGCUUGGCGGAGCAGCCGGGCGGGGGUCUCCGGCGGGGUUCUUGCGGGUCCUGGAGGCGGCGGCGGCUGCUCCUCUCCACGCCUAUCUUCUACGUGAACGGGCCGCCCCACAUCGGGCAUCUCUACUCGGCCGUGCUGGCUGAUGCUCUGCACCGGCACCGGCAGUUGCUGAGCUGCGAGGGAGGGCGCCUGGCUACAGGAACGGAUGAACACGGCUUGAAAAUCCAGACUGCAGCGGCAGCCGCAGGUAUUUCUCCGGAAGACUUCUGUGACCGUGUAUCAGCCGAAUUCCGGGAGCUCUUUGCCCAGGCAGGCAUCUCCUACACCCAUUUUAUCCGUACUACAGAGCUGCGUCACCGGCAGGCUGUGGAGUGCUUCUGGGCUGCUUUGCAGGAUGGAGGCUGGCUCUAUGAAGCUGACUACGAAGGGUGGUACUGCACAGCAGAAGAGAGCUUUUUGGCAGCCUCUCAGGUGAUGGAGUCUGCGGAUGCCCGAGGGAGCAAGCAGAUGGUUUCCAUAGAGAGUGGGCACCAGGUGCAUUGGACCAGGGAGAAGAACUACAUGUUCAAGCUCUCCAAGUUCCAGGACCUGUUGCAACGAUGGCUGCACGAGAAUAAGGAUGCCAUCAGUCCUGAGCCAUACUACCAGCAAGUCCUCCAAUGGCUGGAAGGAGACCUCCCGGAUCUCUCUGUAUCCCGUGACCGAGACCGGCUGCAUUGGGGCAUCCCUGUCCCUGGGGACUCGACCCAAACCAUCUACGUCUGGGUGGAUGCCCUGAUCAACUACUUGACAGUUGUAGGUUACCCCGAGAAGCAUGGGGCCUGGUGGCCCGCUGUUUGCCACAUUGUGGGCAAAGACAUUCUCAAGUUCCACGCCAUCUAUUGGCCUGCUUUGCUGAUGGCUGCCGGUCUAGAGCCCCCCUUGAGGAUUUGGGUCCAUUCUCAUUGGACGGUGCAAGGACAUAAGAUGUCCAAGAGCCUGGGCAAUGUGGUUGACCCUAAGGAGUGCUUCCGGAACUACACGGUGGAUGGUUUUCGGUACUUCCUGCUGAGGCAGGGUGUCCCGGAGCGGGAUUGCGAUUAUUAUGACGAGAAGGUGAUUAAGCUUCUCAACUCGGAGCUGGCCGACGCCUUAGGAGGCCUCCUAAACCGGUGCACAGCUUCUGCCCUGAAUCCCGGAGGGACUUACCCCACCUUCUCCGAGACCUGCUUCCCAAGGGACGUGGAGAUUCAAAACGGAUCUGGCAAGGCCUUAGCGGAGGACUACGAGCUGGUGUCAUUGGUCGAGAGCCUGCCUAUGAAAGUGAGCGCCUCUUUUGACCGCUUCCAGAUCUACAAGGCUCUGGAAUCCAUCAAAGAGUGCGUGAGGCAGACCAAUGGCUUCGUCCAGAGGCACAGGCCGUGGAAGCUGCACCCAGAGGACCCCGCAGAGCGACAGUGGCUGGAGACCAUUCUCCACGUGGCUCUGGAAUGUCUUCGGGUGUAUGGGCUUCUCCUGCAACCGGUAAUCCCAGCCAUGGCUGACAAGCUUCUCUCGCGGUUGGGCGUUUCUUCUACGGAAAGAUCUCUGGAAGACUUGGAGUUUCUCCCUCGCUUUCAUGGCAGAAGGUGCCCCUUUGAAGGCCGGAAGCUCGGGCCGGAUCCUGGCCUCCUGUUUCCCAGGCUGAGAAAAAUAUGAAGCCAGUAAAUAGAAUAGAAUACUUCAUCGGACAGGCAAGGAAUUUGUCUCCCGUGCAAAUUUUUAGGGUUUUUUUUUUAAAGAGAAGAACUCAAGUCUUUUGAGAAGCUGCAGUCAGGGUGAACUAAAAUAAAGUGGGGGAAAGGCUUCAUAAGAUAUGCAGCUAACUCAGAUCUCAGAGUUGUUAUUUUUAACUUUAUGCGGACUCCUUUUGGAGUUACAUUUUUUAAUCUUCCGGUGCAGGGGUAUCAAACUUUCAUUGAGGGCCGUGCAGGGUUGUGUUUGAUCUUGGAA